AUGGCGACCGAAAUCGACGAGAUUCUCAAACGCUACACCGACCCAGCAACGGGCAGUUUCCAUGGCGUGAGUUUCGUCGCUAUCGAUAGCAAGGGGAACGAUAUCUACCGGCGGUCGUUCGGAUCCAGAACAGUGGACCGGUCUACAGACGAUCCACUGACACUCAAUACUCUGACAUGGAUCGCCAGUCAGACGAAACUGACGGCGUCGGUGUCGGUGAUGCAAUUGGUCGAGAAGGGCCUGGUUGGGCUGGACGACGAUGUGCGAGAGAUCAUACCUGAACUGAAGAAACAAAAGGUUCUCCUUGGCUUUGAGGGCGACGACGACGCCGCCCCGCAUGCUAAUCCAAUCGGUAGCCCCAUCUUCGAGGAUGUUAAAGGGAAGAUUACUCUGAGACAUCUACUCAGCCACUCGAAUGGGUUGCCAUAUGACAUCGGCCAUCCACUGAUACUGAAAUACUCAGCCUGGGCGAAGCGAGAGGACAACAUGUUCAGCGGCAAGAUCGAAGGCUCGAUUCACCCUCUUGUGUACCAGCCAGGCACGUCCUGGGCAUAUGGCCCGGGCCUUGACUUGGCUGGGAAAGUGGUUGAGAUUCUCACGGGGAAGGACCUCGACGAGUACGAGCAGGAGAACAUCUGGGGACCGCUCGGGGCAAAAAACACCUCCUUUAGGCCCGUGAAGCACUUUGCGCCAAAUGCUCCGCCUCCAAUGCAGGAGACGGCGUACUGCUCGGAGAACGGCCUGGCGAAAGGCGACUCGCUGUGGAAAUUCGAACCGCGCGAUGCCAUCGGUGGAGCAGGUUUGUACAGCACGCCCAACGACUACAUCAAACUACUUUCGGCGCUCUUGCGCGGCGGCGCACCCUUGCUCAAAAAGGAAUCUGUUGAUAUACUCUUCUCUCCCCAACUGGGUCCUGGGAGCGUCCAGGGGCUCCGCAAGUUCAUCGUUGGCGAUAGCGUCGAGACCAGCUUCUCCCGACUGUGGGCUCCUUCCGAUGAAGAAUACGCCAAUGUGCCGGAAAUCCAGCAUUCCCUGGUUGGUGCACUCAACACUGAGGACAUCCCUGGGCGGAGAAAGAAGGGCACGGUGAACUGGGGUGGCUUGCCGAAUUUGUCGUGGUGGAUUGAUCGUGAGAGCGGCAUUGCUGCCACAGUCUUUACUCAGCUCAUGCCCCCUGGGGAUUCGAAUAGUCGCAAGUUGGGCUUGGAAUUGGAGGAUGCUCUUUACAAAAUCUACAGAGGAACAGCAUAG